AAUCACUUUAUGCCAGCAUUUAGUCUUCCUCAUUGUUUUAUCAUGAGACAACAAUUUCCUCCUGUGGAUCAAAGUUUCAUUGCUGAUGGAAACAUAGACCAGAGGUCAAAUCAUAAACGCGGCAGGAGAAGAGAUUUUCCACAAAAAUCAGCAUUUCGCAAGUUUUCUGAGAAGCACAAGUUUGGAAGUUCCAGCACUUUUACGGAGCCAUCAUUUUUUACGAAAGCAAAAACCCCGAGUCCUGCAGAAGAAAGAAAUCCACCAAAGCCUCCAAAAUUUCUUGCGGAAAAUUGCAACCGUCAACAACAUCAUCAUAGUGUUGGCCUACCUGUUCAAUAUCAAGAUUUCUUCAUAACUAACUUGGGAGAUAUCGAUAAACAUGCAAGCUACUACAAUUGCCACCAGAUAUGGCCGGUGGGUUUUACAUCUUACUGGCAUGAUAGAGUCACUGGUUCACUGUUUGAGUGUGAGGUGUGUGAUGGAGGGAGUUUUGCGCCUUUGUUUAAGGUCAGAAGGUUACCAUGUUCAGUGUUCCCCCUUCCAGAAGCCUCGACCAUUCUCUCUCAGAAUGGUGCAAGAAAGGCCGCUGAAACAAAGGAAAGUAGCAGUUUUAUUGGAGAUACUGCUAAUGAUAUGGAUGAUGAUAUUUAUAUGAUGGUGGAUAAUCCCUCUGAGACCAGUCAAGAUUUUUUAUCAAUUUUUACCAGUGAUACGGAGGAUCAAAGGACUUCUUCAUGUUGCAAUGAUGUACAGAGCUCAAAUAUGAUGUCACAAAUACUACCAUCAUAUUCUGAGAAUGUUCCACCAGGUAAAGAAGCCAAUAUUAAUGACCAAAUUGGUGAGUUUACAUUUGAGGGAACAUCGCCCUCUUCAGUAUGGGGGAUGAUUUCUUUUGCUAUGGUGGAAGCAUGUGAAAAAAUGUAUAAGGAACAUGGGCAUCUGGUAUUCUCAUGCACACACAGCAGCGAAAAUCAUUUAUUAAACAAGGGGAGGGGAUGUCAGAACUUUAAUGGUCCUUACGCUCCCUUAACUAGAUUUUGCUCAUCCAAUGGCCCCAGUAUACCACGAGUUACAGAAAAGAAGAAUGAUGUGGAACCUACUUAUACAUUACUGAAGAAUUGGUUAUGCCAUGAUAGAAUUGGGCUUGAUUUGGAAUUUGUUCAAGAAAUUGUGGAGUCUCUUCCUAGAUCCAGGUCUUGCAUAAACUACCAGUUCUUGUGCAAUAGGGCAGAAUUUCGUUCUUCUGUAACAGUUGCAAGUGGUUUACUUUUAUCUGUGCAUAAACAUGGUCAAAGUAAUGUAGAUACACCAUAUGGUAGACAUGGUGGGGUGACUGGGCUACACGAUCCUGCUCAGCCCAGCGGUUCUAGCAUCCGCAAGCUACCUCCGGGGCGUCCUAUUAGCCAUAAGCUUCAACCAGAAUCGGCGGCAGAUGUUUUCCAGAUAUGGGAGUUCUUGGGGCGCUUUGCUGAAAUCAUUGAUCUCAAAGAAGUGCCUUCAUAUGAACAAUUAGAAGAUGAACUUGCUGACCCAUGGCCAAUUUGUGCAAGUGAGAAAGAAACACUGUCAAUGGGCAUUCAGGAAUGUAGGGAUUACUCUUCACCAAUGAAUUCCCCUGCAAAUGCUUCUACAUCACAUUCAAAUAGUGAAUCUGGUCUCUCUAAUAAUGAAGAGAUUGUGUCUGUAUUUAUUCCUGUUGAAACUUCCUCUAUGAAGGAAGCUCGUCUAGAUAAAUUGGCUGCCCAGACACUUGGGAGGUGCACUGGUACAAUAUUACCCGGCGUUCAUCUUGCACUCAUUAAGGUUCUUUUUGGUGAGGUAUUAUCAAAGCUGAACAUUGACCCCAAAGAAUCAAAAGCCAGGCACGGAAGAAAGAAGGACACUGAGAGCCUUAUUCCAACAAAGAAAUUUAACUUUGAUAUGCUAACUGCUAACAAGUUGACUUGGCCAGAGUUGGCUAGAAGGUAUAUGUUAGCUAUUUCUUCCAUAAAUGGGUGCAUGGAUGUGUCUGAUAUUUCCAGUCGAGAAAGGGUGAAGUUAUUCCGCUGCCUACACGGUGAUGGUGGCAUCCUGUGCGGAGCAGUACCUGGGGUUGCCGGCAUGGAGAAGGAUGCCCUGCUGCUUCUGGAGGCAGAGAAUUUGAUAUGCAGUUCUCUAUCAAGUGAAGGAAACAAGGUUUAUAUGAUGGAUUACAAGUAUUCUGCUGAGGUGCCUAUUGCUGAUAAUAGAACAUUGCCAGAUUGGGCAGAAGCACUAGAGCCUGUGAGAAAAUUACCGACAAAUGUGGGAACGAGAAUUAGAAAUUGUGUCUAUCAAGCUUUGGACCGAAAACCACCAGAAUGGGCAAGGAAAAUUUUGGAACAUUCGAUAAGUAAAGAGGUCUACAAGGCUAAUGCAUCUGGACGAACCAAGGUUAGUAAUGCUCUUGCAGGCUGCAGUCAUUGUAUUAUUGCUGUUCCAGACUGCGUUUAAUUUCCUUUUUCUGGCUUUGACCUGCUCUCAGGCCCUUA